UAUAACGAUAUGUAUGCAUACAGAUGAUAAAAAUUUCCUUAAAUUAAUGAUAAAGACGUUAAAUGCAUCAAAUUAUGGGGAGAAUACAAUCAUUUGAUGGAAGAAUAAGCAAAUAUGAGGUAUAUUUUCCAUUGAUAUUAUUUAAAAAUUGGUUUUAAAGUUUGAUAUAAAAUCACCAAAAUACUUAAAAUUUAAUUUCAGAGGUCAAUAUCCCAAAAAAACCGUGAAAAUAAUGUGAUUUUUAUAUGAAAUUAUUUAAUUCUACCAAUUAUCCUCCAUAGUUUUUUUUAUCGACCUUUUAAUUUGAAGUACAAUAGUAUUCAAAGUUUAUUUUCAGUUCCCUAAAUAAUUUCACAUUUAUUGUACGGUUGUUUUGGAAUUCCUUCACGACAGGUUUCAAUUUUAUUGUUCGGUUGUCUUGGAAUUCCUUUACCUUGAUCCUCUAGCGUUUCUGGUAAUGACAUUGCAAUGUGUGAAGAUUGUUUUUUAUGGUAGAUGGGUGGAAUCUUCCUGAUAUAUUGACUAUCGUAUGGUUGGUGUAUUCAUUCCAUGCUCAUCUUCCUUUCAAGAACUCAUACAGUGCAUUCAAGGUAGAUUUUUUCCAUCUUUAGAUCUUUCUGUGUGUCGCAUUACUCUUUAUUGAGAUGGAUGCAAUAGUUCAAACCUUAUUUAGAUUGUUGAAGACAAGGACGUGUAUUGGCUUAUGUUGAUUAUAUCGAAGUUUCUCGACAAUGAUUUUGUUGUGGUUGUUGAUUCUGCACCUGCUAGGUUGGUUGGAAAUACAUCGUGUUUGAAUAAUGAAGUAAAUACACAACAACUUACACAUAAUGUAGCAGGGAUAAUUGACGUUCAUUCGUUUGAUUCACCAAAUGAUGCAGUGCCUAUUAAGGUGAGAGUAAAGUUUAGAACUAAGUCAAUACUGAAGAAAGCGAUUUAUUUGUUGGCCGUGAACAAUAGUUUUGAAUUUGUUACAGUUAGGUCCAACCGCACGUUCUUUGACAUUUGAUGCAAAGAUAUGGCCUAUUCAUGGUAUUUACGUGCUUUUGUGUUAAAAAAAAGUGAUAUUUGGAUUGUUCAUAAGUUUACGGUACUCACUAGUGUGUCGUUGACAUUGUUAAAAAUGAUCACUGACAAGCAACAUCCUAGAUUGUUAAAAGUCAUUUUUUAAAAUGAAUGACAAGACUCCAUGUUGUCCUUCUGAUGUUAUUAAUUACAUGAAGAUUAAUCAUGAGGUAAAUGUAAGUUAUGAUAAAGCUUGGAGAGGACGUGAGAUUGCAUUGAGUUCAAUUAGGGGUACCCCAGAGGACUCGUAUGCAAUGUUGGCAGCAUUCACGGAUGCAUUGAUUAGAAACAACCAAGGAACGUACACAGCUGAAGAACUAGACGACAAAGGUCGAUUCAAGUUCAUGGCCCUUACAACUUCAAUUGAUGCAUGGAAUUAUUGUGUGCCAGUUACUUCAGUUGAUGGUGCAUCACUGAAGAACAAAUAUCUUGGUAUGCUCAUUUAUGCUUACACUAUUGAUAGAAAAUUUCAAAUUGUGCCACUAGCUUUUGUUGUGGUUGAUUUAGAGAAUGACUUGUCAUGGACAUGGUUUUUUCGCAAUUUUAAAGUUAUUUUUGGGAAAAAUAACGAAAUGAUAAUUGUGUCCGAUGCUCACAAGAGUAUAGAAAAUGGGUUUAAUGUUGUGUAUGAAUUAGCCGAGCAUGGAUUAUGUGCAUUCCAUCUCUAUAAGAACUUGAAAAAGAACCAUAAGUUGCUUCAUAUUGAGGAACCAUUCCACAGUUGUACCAGAGCUUAUACCCCGUUGAUGUUUGAGUACUACAUGAGAGAACUUGAUCAUCACUCUCCAUCAACUAGGCAUGAGUUGGAAGAUAUCGAAAGACAUAGGUGGGCCAGGGCAUUUUUUAGGAGAAAGAGAUACUCGAUUACUACGACCAACAUUUCUGAAAGCAUGAAUUUUACGUUGAAAGAAUCUCGAGAAUUACCUGUAGUUGGACUUUUAGAAUCAAUUUGUAGUUUGGUUCAAAAAUGGUUCUAUGAACGUUGCACCAAAUAAAAUUUUCAACGUACGAAACUAUCGGUAUAUGAAGAAGAUAUUAUUCGAGAAUCUCUAAGGGAAAGUCGCUCAAUGAAUGUAAGUUGUUCGAGACUUGAAAAAUAAUUGCAAUUAUUCAAUGAAUGUAAGUUGUUUGAGACUUAAAAAAUAAUUGCAAUUAUUAUCUAUACACUUAUUUGUGAAUGACAUUGGAUUUAACAAUUUGACAAAUAUAUCAUAGAUCAACAUGAAUUUGAAGUCUACUAUCGUAAGGAACAAUUUACUGUCAAUAUUUUGACCCGUAUGUGCUCAUGUCGUCAAAGGGACUUUGAUUUGAUCCCUUGCUCACAUGCUUGUAUUGCCCUUUCUAUAAGGAAUCUUAACUUGCAUAUGUACGCUGAUAAGUUUUAUUCUGUUUCAAAUCUAAUAAACUUGUAUAAGAAGGCAACAUGUCUUAUUGGUAGUGUAGACCAAAUUAAGAAAACCUACCAAGAUGGCAACGAUGGACUUAUUCUGCUCCAUGUCAAACGUCCAACUGGAAGGCCUAAAAAGAAGAGUUUUUUUGUCAUUUUUAGAGAAAAAGACAAUUGUUUGUUG